AUGGAUGCACGUGUUAUGCAAGACAUCGACGGCUAUUCCUCUUCUUGUGUUAAUGGUCCCGAGACCUUCUUCGACAACUCUCCAGACUUCACUCAACAAUUCGCAGCAACAAACUUCUGGGACACUCUUGACGACUCGUCAACAUCAAGUUACUUGAACUCGGCGGCUGCUUCAGUCUCAAGACAAACACCAAGCACCACCGCUAACUCACCAGCUUCUCAUACAUCCGCUGAGCUGCCCAGCAAGCCGAGCUACCAGUCUCACAAACACAGCAUCCCCGGGAAGUCUGGGCCGAAGAAGCGGAGGUGUUCGGAGGAAUCGAAGACAUCAAGGGUUAUCCAAGAUCCGUCCGCACUUGAUUGCUCCGACUACUGGCUUCGCUUUGACAGUGACAACGAAAGCCUAGACCAGUUCUUGGACUACAGCUCGCAGGACACCAAGCACGUAGGUCCCUUUUGUUCUGCAUCUGCGUGUGGUGGAGAAAAGGGGACGGAUACCAGCUUUUCAUUGAACUUCGCUGAGUCUUUCGCUGAUGCACAGGUCAGGUCGCUGAGUCUAAGCCGUCAUCUAUCAAAGACAAGUACGGUCGGGACGACCGGCGACGCCAACAAAGUGGCUCUACCGCCAGUGACAAGCGAUCUCAUCGACGAUAGUGCUUUAGACCAAGCGCUCUCAGAUGAGGAUGAUCUUUUUUCCAUGGCUCUAGUUCACGAAUUAGGACCAGCGACGACUAGCGCACCAGCGCCGCCGCCACCCGAGCCCCAGGAGAGGCUCUAUUCUACCCCUUUAAGCUGGGAACAGCCACGUCCCGGUUAUCAUAUGAAUUACGUGAAUACAAACAUGCCCAUCGGCGACGCAGAACGUCAACGCCUUUUGGCAAUUGCCCUGGGCACAGGACAAGCCCCAACACAGCAAGCCACUCGACCACCAGCGGUGGCGGACUUCCAUUUUGAGAUGACACAGAGUCCUUCUGACUCAACUAGUAACACCCCUGAACCAAAGCCUCGAACCACAACAACGAGGCCAGCUGCACCUUCGCGAAAGAACUCAUCAGAGGGAACUGAGAGACCCAAGGAAAAGCCAAAGAACAGUGAACGAGCAGCACACAACGAUAUCGAGAGAAAAUAUCGUACCAAUCUAAAAGACAAAAUAGCCGAACUGCGCGAUGCCAUACCAUCGCUACGUGCUAUACCAGAGGAUGACGACCCGAACUCACCAGCCGGCUCGUCUAGAACGGCACCCAAAGUUAGCAAGGGCACAGUCCUAACCAAAGCAACUGAGUAUAUCCAUCAACUGGAACGACGUAAUCGUUCAGUAGCACAGAAGAACGAGGAGUUAGCUCGAAGGCUACAGGCUUUCGAGCAACUGGUCGGUGCUCCUCCUGGUUCCAACUGGCGGCCCCAAGGAUACGGCGGGCCUGUAUACAACCAACGUUUCUAA